CACGUCGCUUCCACCGUUUUUUUCCAAUUUCAACCCCUCCACAGCCCGCAUGGCGCACGCGCACGAGUCGCUCGAGUCGCUUCCACCGGCUCGUCGCACUGCGGCGGUCUUGGCCUUACCUGGGAAUACCUCCUGCUUUGAUUGCGACAUGAGUUGCAGCAUGGACCCUUGGGUCUCCCUGAGUCAUUCCUCGGUGAUUUGCAUCACCUGCGCCGGACAGCACCGCUCCUUCGGCGUGCACAUGUGCCUCGGAUGCGGGAUGCGCUGGCAGCGGGAUGCGGUCGGCGUGGCGGUCGGCGUGGCGGUUGGUGUGGGAGAUCCUACGUCCGAUCCAUGAAGCUGGACACCUUGAAGGACUCCGAAUGGCGCUUGCUCCUCAAGGGCGGCAACGACGCCUUCCAGGCCUUCCUGGCGGACACGCAGAGCGUCUCCCGAAAGGUUUGGCUCUCCUUGCCCAUGGAGACCCGUUAUCACACGCCAGCCGCAGAUCUGUACAGGCGGCGGUUGCAAGCGAUGACGGACGGGAACGAUCUUCCAGAGGAGCUCCGUCCAGUAAAGCCUCCGGCGCCGAAGAUUGUGGAGAGCAAGAAGGAGCCCAAGUGGACGGACAGCGAUCGGUGUCAGCUGUGUAAGGCCAACUUCUGGUUGCUCAUGAGGAAGCACCACUGCCGGAAGUGCGGCCGCUGCAUCUGCGCCGCCUGCUCGCCCAUGGAGGGCUGGCGACCGCUGCCCGCGAUGGGGCAUCCCGAAGCCUGCCGCCAUUGCAAGGUGUGCGUUCCUCCCGUUGCACGUGCCAUCGUGGGGCUCGGCUGAGUGAGUGCAGCGCAGCUUGCGAAAGCGCAAGCGCCAGCGCCAGCGCCAGAGUAUAGGGGUGCAAUCUUUUUGCAGUUGGGUCUGGUCCAUGUGCCCUCCUUGGCUGUUGGGUAUGUUCCUACCUGACAAGCUGAUACUACCUGGCAAGACAAUGGGAAAAUGAGGUGAACCGUGAACCCGUGUUAUUCCGGGAAACCUGACGAGGCAAGUCUUGAUGAGGCUUGGAG